CUUUUGGGACCUUUAUAAAAGCCAACAGUAGAAAAACCAUUCCCGCCGCGAAAUUUCUCACUCGCCUCCAUCAACACACAUUACUCGCACCCGCUUUUAUGGUCACCUCCUUUGUCACUUGCCUCUCCAUUCACACUGAGAAAACAAGCCAAUACACACCCGCAACAGCCAGGAUUGCUGGGGUUUCAUCCAAACAAAGCUCUAAAUUCUUGAAACCCUAAAGGGUUUCUGUGUAUUUCCCUCUGCCCUUUGCCCGGCUUUUGAAUCGAACGAUGGAGCUCCGUCCUCGUACCCCAGGUUCUGCCUCUUCGAAAGGUAAAGAGAAGAUCCAGUACCCGGAGAGUUCUGAUGAGGAUGAUCUUGGGGCAAUGUUGUCUGAUUCCGAUUAUAAUGCGGCGAGUGAUGAAGGUGAAGGUUUUCCUAAUGUGCUUGAAGACCCUAGUGGGGAAGAGGCUCUGGACUUAAAUUUUCCUUUAGAUACUGCAUCUGAAACUAGCGAUGAUGAACUUCAGUAUGUCUCAAAGAAGAGAAAAAGGAACACCUCUAAGUACAGGGAAGGAUCGAGUGAGAAUGUUAUAGUCUACCAAGACAUACCGAUGGAUGACAAUAUUGAAGCAGAAUUGUUCCAAGAAUUUCUAGGAUUUGAUUUGGGUGGGGCAACAGAGAAAACUCGUGGGAAAAGGAAGAACAAGAAGAAGAAAAACGAUAAACCCAUAUUAAUGUGGGAAGUUUUAGAAGAGGAGAUUGAAAGAUGGGUUGCUGAGAAUCUGAUGCUGGACAUGGACUUGACGAAUCAGAAUGAAAUGGUGACAGAAACUGCCGAGCCUUCGGAGGACUUGAUAAUACCACUGCUCAGAUACCAAAAGGAGUGGUUAGCUUGGGCUCUUAAGCAAGAGGAAUCUGUUGUUAAGGGAGGUAUUCUUGCGGAUGAGAUGGGAAUGGGCAAAACCCUUCAGGCAAUAGCUCUUGUUCUUCUCAAACGAAAUAUCUCAAGGGAACUCGGUGGGCAGCAUUUACACACAACCACCCCGAGUUCUUCAAAAGGGCUACCGGCUAUUAAAGGCACACUUGUCGUGUGCCCAUUGGUUGCUGUCAUGCAGUGGGUUAGCGAGAUAGAUAAAUUCACUUCGAAAGGAAGCACCAAGGUUCUUGUCUACCACGGUGCUAACCGGGCGAAAAAGCAUUACGAGUUUGCUGACUAUGACUUUGUCAUAACAACAUAUUCGAUUGUCGAGGCAGAAUACAGGAAAUAUGUGAUGCCUCCCAAGGAGAAAUGCACUUACUGUGGGAAAUUAUUCUAUGAGAAUAAGUUGAAAAUUCACUUGAAGUAUAUGUGUGGGCCUUUUGCUAUUAAGACAGCGAAGCAGGCAAAACAAGAGAGAAAAAAUCCAGAGACUAAAAAAAUGGCAGAGUCUGAGGGAAGUAAGAAGAAAGGAGGUCGUGGUAAAGGAAAGAAGCAUGUCGGUGUAGAGAAGGAAAUGGAGAAUGACUAUCCGGAAGAGGUUUCACAUGCCGGAAAGUCGAUUUUGCACUCCGUGAGCUGGGAGCGUAUCAUUUUGGAUGAGCCUAACGAAAAGGUAUCUUUACUUUGCGCGCAGGUUCGCUUUCUGCAGAUAGUUCCUUACUCUUAUUACUUCUGCAAGGACUGUGAUUGUCGCCAACUUGACUAUAGUUCAGCAGAUUGUCCAGGCUGUGCUCAUAAAAAUGUCCGACAUUUCUGCUGGUGGAAUAGAUAUAUUUCUUCACCAAUACAAGAUUCUGGAAAUAAGGGUUGUGGCAGAGAGGCCAUGCUUUUGUUGAAGCACAAAAUUCUUAAAAGCAUUGUGUUAAGACGUACCAAAAAGGGCAGGGCUGCUGAUCUGGCGCUUCCGCCUAGGAUUGUCACUUUAAGACGAGAUUCGCUGGAUGUCAUUGAAGAAGAUUAUUAUACUGCACUGUAUAAUGACAGUCAGGCAAAGUUCAACACAUAUGUUGAAGCAGGAACAGUGUUGAAUAACUAUGCCCACAUAUUUGAUCUGCUAACUCGCCUUCGACAGGCUGUUGAUCAUCCUUACCUUGUGGAGUAUUCUGUUACUGCUAUGGAAAGAAAGGGUAAAGCAGUUGAAAGUAGCAGUGAUGAGAUAUGUGGUUUAUGUAAUGACCCUGGAGAAGAUACAGUGGUCACUUCAUGUGGACAUGUCUUCUGCAAACCUUGUUUGAUUGAUUUUGGUGCUAGUAUGGGGCAAAACUCCUGCCCUUCUUGUUCAAAGCCACUUACUGUUGAUUUCACCUCCAAUAAAGAUGGUGUGGAGCAGAGUUCGAAAACAACUGUCAAAGGAUUCAGGCGAUCGAGUAUUUUGAAUAGAAUUCAGAUUGAUGAUUUUCAGACAAGCACAAAAAUAGAUGCUUUGAGGGAAGAAAUCAGGUUCAUGAUUGAAAGGGAUGGUUCUGCUAAGGGAAUUGUCUUCAGUCAAUUCUCAUCUUUUUUGGAUCUCAUACACUACUCGCUUCAAAAGUCUGGAGUGAACUGUGUUCAACUAGAUGGAUCCAUGUCCAUGGGUGCCAGAGAUACUGCUAUUAAAAGAUUCUCGGAGGACCCGAAUUGCAAAAUCUUUCUAAUGAGCUUGAAAGCAGGAGGCGUGGCCCUCAAUCUUACAGUCGCAUCACAUGUUUUCUUGAUGGAUCCUUGGUGGAACCCAGCUGUCGAGAGACAGGCUCAGGAUAGAAUUCACCGAAUAGUCCUUCGCUGUUUGAAAAACAACGCGAGUGAGGACAGUGAACAUGGAGAAUUAGGACAAAAUUACGAACAUGGAGAAUUAGGAGUAAAAUUGUAUCAGAGCUUAAUCGGGCGACGAUAUCUGAUUGUGAUGGAUGACAUCUGGCAUACGGACGCGUGGGAUGCGGUGCAGCGCUUCUUUCCGGUUACUGACGGGAGCAAAGACAAAUUCGACCAAAUGAGCGAACGUGAAUUAGGAAAAAUGUUGUCUUCGAGUUUAAUCGGGCGACGAUAUCUGAUUGUGAUGGAUGACAUUUGGGAUACGUAUGCGUGGGAAAGGGUGAAGCUCUUCUUUCCGGAUAACUACGGGAGCAAAAUACUGAUAACCGCUAGGGAAUUGAAACUGGCUUUGCAACUGGAUGGUCCAGAGUGCUUCCCGAUGAGGUUUCUGAAGGUGGACGAAAGUUGGAAUCUACUGCGUGGGUUUGUGUUUCAGGAAGAAGGGUGCCCGCUGGAAUUGGAACAGAUUGGGAAGGACAUUGCCAAGAAUUGUGGAGGUCUUCCAUUGUCAAUUGCUGUGAUCGGAGGGCUCCUAGCGAAGUCUGAACAGACACUAGCAAAAUGGAAACACGUUUUACAAAAUUUAAGCUCGAUUCUGAAUUCAGAGGAAGACGAGCGUUGCUCUAGAAUACUAAAAUUGAGCUACAAUCAACUGCCGGUCCACCUGAAGCCGUGUUUUCUCUACAUGGCCUUGUUCCCGGAGGACCAAGAGAUUCGCGUCCCUGCGCUCCUCAAACUAUGGGUUGCUGAAGGAUUCGUGAUACCGGUGGCCGGUCAAAGCUUGGAAACAGUUGCGAGAGUAGUGUACCUAAAUGAUCUCGUCAUGAGAAACCUGAUCUUGGUUCGUGCGUGGGGCCCUACUCGAAGAAUAAAACGGACAGGGAAGCAGGCACAACAACGGAGAAAAAAUCCAAAGACAAAAAAGGUGGCAGACUCUGAGGGAAGUAAGAAGAAAGGAGGUCGUGGUGAAGGAAAGAAGCAUGCCAGAAGGGAAGAAAUCAGGUUUAUGAUUGAAAGGGAUGGUUUUGCUAAGGGAAUUGUCUUCAGUCAAUUCUCAUCUUUUCUGGAUCUCAUACACUACUCGCUUCAAAAGUCUGGAGUGAACUGUGUUCAACUAGAUGGAUCCAUGUCCAUGGGUGCCAGAGAUACUGCAAUUAAAAGAUUCUCCAAGGACCCGAAUUGCAAAAUCUUUCUAAUGAGCUUGAAAGCCGGAGGCGUGGCCCUCAAUCUCACAGUCGCAUCACAUGACUCUGUGGGUGGAUCUUCGGAGGCUCUAUCAAAACUGACGGAGGCCGAUUUGAAAUUCCUGUUUGUGACCUAAAUGAUCGUUUGUGCGUGCCAAAAGCAUCUGAUUCGAACCCGGAUUUUGUUGCUUUCAGUAGUAUAAACAGUUUAAGCUUUUGAUUGAAUUUUGUUUUGAACUCAGCUGCUUGGAUAAAUUGCUUCAACUUCAGUUUAUGUCUGUAUUAUAGGUUUAUCGCCAGAUUAUGUGAUCACUUUUUGGAUUUCAUAUGGCUUGUUGACAGCAUAUGGUUUAUACAUGGAAAAAUUAUUAGGGGACUAAAUUUUGUUAUUUUUCACUGCUUAGGUAUUAUGUAAGGCUGCCUGAUGCUUAAUCAUCAGGUCGAUAUUUUCGUUUUCGUUUUUACAAAUAUGCG